AUGCGGGGACCCGGGCGGCCGCUCCUCCUGGGGCUGCUGCUGGUGCUGGCGGCGGCGGGGCCCGGCCCGGGGCGUGCGGAGCCGCGGGAGCCCGCGGACAGGCAGACGCUGCUGCGGCUCCUCGUGGAGAUCGUCCAGGAGCUCAAGAAGUUCCAGUCGGGGGGACACAAGGGGCCGCCGCUGCUCGGCGGGGACUUCGCCCUGGGCCGCAGGGAGGCCGCGGACGACGGCGCCGCCCCGGAGGAGCAGCGGGUGGAAAUUGUCCCUCGAGACCUAAGGGUGAAGGACAAGUUUUUAAAGCACCUCACAGGUCCUCUUUAUUUUAGUCCAAAGUGCAGCAAACACUUCCACAGACUCUACCACAACACCCGAGACUGCACCAUUCCUGCAUAUUAUAAAAGAUGUGCCAGGCUUCUCACCCGGCUGGCUGUCAGUCCAAUGUGCAUGGAGGGCUGAGCAGUGAGCAGAGCUGUAAAGGAGCAACACACCAGGAGCCAUGAGAAGUGCCUUGCGAACCAACCGGGAAGCAGAACUACUGUCUUCAUCGACAGAUUCCCUUGUGAACAAGAGAUUUAUUUUUGCAGACAAGACUUCCGUAAUUCCUUUGAGUUUCAUAUGUUGCUGCCACCGUUUGCAGACACACAAGUAUAUUCGUUAAAUCAGGGUACCUGACAGUGAUGCUUGCCAAUCUUUAUUUUAAAGAACAGAAAAAAACGCUCCACAUUUGAUGUGUAGGGCUGUCAAAUAACGACAGAACAUUCCAUUUUCCUGAUUAGGUCAAAUCGCAAAGAAUAUUUCUUUAGAAACAUA